GCUGAGCGGCCGUAGGUGUAACAUGUCAGUUGUUAUCAUCACCGCCUGUAGAGGAACGCGAACGUGACACACGUUGCAUUUAUGUAAAGAAGAAAUCUUUUAAUCUGUAAAUCUUCAUGAAACAUAUCAUCUUCACUAAAAGUACGUUGUAUAAUGUUGAAAAGUUUUAAACAUGUGGUUAUUAUUGAAUGAUAACUACGAAACAUACGGAUCGUGUAAAAAUAAAUGUCUGAAAAGUACGAAGAAAUUUUCUGUUAAGUUGGCUUAAAGAAACAUUACUUUCGAAUUUAUGUUCAUAUUUCGUGAUGGACGAUAGACCAGUUAAUUCGUUUGUAAAAAAAGUUGAAGAAAACGCACGGAAAGUAUUUUCGUCCGCGCACAAAUAUAAUGGAGUCAAUCGUUUGCCCAGAAAAAAUUGUACGCCGAUUAAAAUUAAAGAAGAAGAAACGGGUGAUGAAAUUCAGGAAUAUGCAGCUACAGCAAUGAGUGAAUUAUUGGGAUGGUAUGGGUAUGAGAAAGUGGAUAGUGGUUGUACAAAAAGUUUAAACUUGGAUCAUUUUACAACUAUACCUAAUACAAAAAGUAGUCAAGUAUUUCAAAUUGAUCAAGAUAUUGUUCCAAGUAAAUUAACAUUAAACUCUCCAUCAGUGAAUACAUCUAACUCAGUUUUUGAAGUUUCCAAUAUCCCUUUAUCUUAUUCUAAUAGUAAUUUAAUGUCUAUGAAUACACAAUUAAUAUCAUCCCCCUUAUCAUUGAAACCAGUGUCUUUUGAAUCUACAUCUAAAAUACCAUAUGAAAGUUAUUCAAAUCCUACUGAUUCAGAUAAUAUGUCUUGUUCAUGGUGUGGUAAAAUUAGUCAAACAUGUGAAUCAGGAAGAUCCAAUUCUCUUUCUUAUAAUAUGAUGAAUGCUUCGGGACACUUUUGUAGUGAAGCUUGUUUUGCAGCUGGUACAAGAGCAGUUUUUAACCGAGGAAAAACAUGUGAUUGGUGCAGACAUAUGCGAAAUCCAAUUAGUUAUGUUGAUCUUCAGGAUGGUGAAAGUCAACUUCAAUUUUGUAGCAACAAAUGCUUGAAUCAAUACAAAAUUAAUAUUUUUUGCCAUGAAACACAAACUCAUUUAAUGUUGCAAGGUUUAAAUAAUGUUUCAUUUCAUGAUACAGAGAAAGGUGGUUUAAUAACACCAGAACUUUGGUUUCGAAGUUGUCAAUCACCAAUAAAUAUUCCUACAGAGGAUACAUACCUAGUUGAUGCACAUUUAACUCGUAGUUUAUCACCACCUCUUCAUGACAAUAAGACAACAGACACUGAACAAAAUUUUGAUAAUCAAAAAUCAAUAGAUCUUAAUAAAAAAGUAUCCAAGAGAAAAGAUUCAAUGUGCAUGAGAAAACACACAAAAUCUAAUUCAAAUGAACAAAAAAGAGACAUUUAUGCAGAGAUUAAUGAAAAUAAUAUUAAUGAACAUGAUAAAAAGCAAAUUUUAAUAAAUAAAAAGAAUAAAUGCUGCCAUUUCAUGAUUAAUCAAGCUCAUUGUAAAGUAAAUUAUGCAGAGAAAGAUGACUUGAAUUGUAGAGAUUUAAAAAAGGAAUGUAUGGCGGAUGUUAUAAACCAUAAUACACAUUAUGAAAACAGCAAUACAUUUUUAAAAAGGAACAUACACGUUAAAAAUAUAAAAAAUUUACAAGAAAAUAAACAUGGCAGUUUAUCAGAAAAUAUGUUACAAGCACCAUCUUACUUCAUAAAUUCAGCCACACCUAUAAUGCGUCACGAAAUUCCACUUUUAUCUAAGUCUUGUACAGAUGAAUCUAGUCAAACAAAAUAUCAAAAACAAACUAUGUCUUCAAGAACUUCAUUAUCUAAACGAUCAAAUCAAACAGAAUUGUUUCAUUCGCUGUCUACAACAAUUUUGCCUCCUGUUACAGUUCUCAUACCAUAUCCUUUACCUAUACCUAUACCAAUUCCUAUUCCUAUUCCAAUUCCUAUAUCAACAGCAAUUUUUAGUAAAUUAUUAACUGAUAAAGAAGAUUCUUUAAAUAUUAAAGAUUCAAAUUGUAAAAAUAUGGAAUGUAAAAACUCAAUAGGAAAUAAAUGUUCUGUGUCCGAUAACUCACAGAUUACAACAACAAAUGUAUCAACAACAGAAAGCCUACCACAAGUGACAUUGGAUAAAUUUUGUUUUUCAUCAUCACUUUCUAAACCUAAUAAUGAAACCAAUAAUGAUGAGCAUCAUUUACAACAGCAUACAAGGCUUUUAAGGAAAAGAAAACGCUCAAAUGAAAUCAUUAAUCAUGCACAUGAAAAAAUUCAAUUAAAAAAAAAGAAAUAA